CAGCCUGGACGCGCGCAGGGCGAGGCUUCCGGGAGUGACCGCAGGCCACCAUGAACAGUGACCGCGACCAUAACUUCAGGCGGGUGGCCAUCCGGCGGAAGUCAGGCUCCUACCUACCGCCCGGGAUCCCCCGUCCGUGGAGCAGGCCCUCACCGCACUUGCAGCGCCCUGACCGCGUCCCGGUCCCGGGCCAGGCCGCAGGCAGCAAUACCUGUGCAAAGGUCCCUCCACCUUGUACGACAAGCAGCACAACCACAGAGGCUCAGAGAAUAAAUGGGAGGACACCAGCAAAACGCUGCGCUGCCAGUCCAAAGCCACAAGUGCCUCCAAAACCAUUACAUCUGCAGAAUUUACCUUCAUCCCAUAUACCCCAGGUCCCCAGGCAUAAAGCUUUCCCGAGUGCAAAGCCAAGGAUGGAGGAGUCUAAUCCGGCGCCUACUUCUUGUGCCUCAAAAGGGAAACAUAGUAAGGUAUCGGAUCUCAUCAGUCACUUUGAAGGAGGCAGUGUUUCAUCAAGUUACAUUGAUUUGCAAAAAGAUUCUACUAUGAACCUAAAUAUUCCUCAAACUCCAGGACAGCGUGGGUUAACCUCCACACCACCACAAAAAUUCCUAUCCCAGCACUCUCCACAGAAGCAGGAAAACAAUCCAGAUCAGACUCAGGGCCAACAUGGUUGUUUGGCCAAUGGUGUGGUGGCUGCACAAAACCAGAUGGAAUGUGAAGAUGAGAGUGCUCUUAGCCCAGAGACAGCUAUUCAGACAGCUGCUGCCUCUCCUGAUACACGUGUGCUGAAUGGAGAAAGAAAUGAAACCACCACAGAUUCUGUAUCAUCUAUAACCAAUAGCUAUGAUGAAAAUGCUUCCAACAGCAGCUGCAGGACUCCAGGGACUGACUUAGGGCUUCCCUCAAAAGAAGGAGAGCCAGAAAUGGAAGCUGAGCUCCAAGAGAGGGAAAAUGGGGUGAGCACUGUGGAAUUAGAUACACUGGACCAGCACCAUGAAGUGAAGGAGACUAAUGAGCAGAAACUUCACAAAAUAGCCACUGAACUUUUGCUUACAGAAAGAGCUUAUGUCAGCCGGCUCAACCUCCUAGAUCAGGUAUUUUAUUGCAAACUAUUAGAAGAAGCAAACCGAGGCUCAUUUCCUGCAGAGAUGGUGAAUAAAAUCUUUUCUAACAUUUCAUCAAUAAAUGCCUUCCAUAGUAAAUUCCUAUUACCUGAGCUGGAGAAGCGAAUGCAAGAAUGGGAAACUACACCCAGAAUUGGAGAUAUCCUGCAAAAGUUGGCACCAUUCCUUAAGAUGUAUGGAGAAUACGUAAAGGGAUUUGAUAAUGCGGUGGAACUGGUUAAAAACAUGACAGAGCGUGUUCCCCAGUUUAAAUCAGUGACUGAAGAGAUUCAGAAACAGAAGAUCUGUGGAAGCUUAACCCUGCAGCAUCACAUGCUGGAGCCUAUUCAGCGGAUCCCACGCUAUGAGAUGCUCCUGAAGGACUACCUGAAGAAGUUGUCUCCUGAUUCCCCAGACUGGAAUGACGCAAAAAAAUCCCUUGAAAUUAUAUCUACAGCAGCAAGCCAUUCUAAUAGUGCAAUAAGAAAAAUGGAGAACCUGAAGAAACUUUUAGAAAUUUAUGAGAUGUUGGGAGAAGAAGAGGAUAUUGUAAAUCCCUCAAAUGAACUAAUAAAAGAAGGGCAAAUCCUCAAACUAGCAGCUCGGAACACAUCAGCACAGGAGCGCUACCUCUUCUUAUUCAACAACAUGUUGCUAUAUUGUGUGCCCAGAUUCAGCUUGGUGGGCUCAAAAUUUACAGUUCGAACCAGAGUUGGCAUUGAUGGAAUGAAAAUUGUGGAGACUCACAAUGAAGAAUAUCCACACACUUUCCAGGUGUCUGGGAAAGAAAGAACCCUGGAGCUGCAGGCCAGUUCUGAGCAAGACAAAGAAGAAUGGAUCAAGGCCCUUCAAGAGAGUAUUGAUGCUUUUCAUCAAAGGCAUGAAACCUUCAGAAAUGCAAUUGCAAAGGAAAAUGACAUUCCCCUAGAAGUUUCUACUGCUGAGCUAGGAAAACGAGCCCCAAGAUGGAUACGUGAUAAUGAAGUGACCAUGUGCAUGAAGUGCAAAGAGUCCUUCAAUGCACUGACCAGAAGGCGGCAUCACUGUCGGGCGUGUGGACAUGUGGUUUGUUGGAAAUGUUCUGACUACAAAGCUCAACUUGAGUAUGAUGGUGGAAGAUUGAACAAGGUUUGUAAAGACUGUUACCAGAUAAUAAGUGGAUUCACAGACAGCGAAGAAAAGAAAAGAAGGGGCAUUUUAGAGAUUGAAUCAGCAGAAGUAUCAGGAAAUAGUGAGGUGUGCAGUUUUCUCCAGUACAUGGAAAAGUCAAAACCUUGGCAGAAAAUAUGGUGUGUGAUCCCCAAGCAAGACCCCCUUGUGCUGUACAUGUAUGGUGCUCCUCAGGAUGUCAGAGCCCAGGCGACCAUACCCCUCCUGGGCUACAUUGUGGAUGACAUGCCUAAGAGUGCAGAUCUGCCACACAGUUUCAAACUGACCCAGUCCAAGUCUGUGCACAGCUUUGCUGCAGACAGUGAGGAACUGAAACAGAAAUGGCUGAAAAUCAUCCUUCUAGCUGUCACGGGUGAGACACCAGAUGGCCCAAGUGAGCAUCUAGCCACCUUGAACAAUCUCCCUGGACCCAAGAAAAAGUCAGAGUGCUAAACUUGAGCAGCUGCCGGUGUGGAGUCUCUAGUAAUACACAUAGCUCAAGACAUCCCCAGAGCUCCUCCUUGUCUCUUAGCACUUUGCAUUGAGAAAUAUGGUUUCAUAAACACAUCGUUCGGGGACUGCUUUCCUAUGUUUAUAUGUAGUAAAAUCAGUGUGCAGAGCCAUUCUUCUGUUGAAGUUCUGAAAUAAUGUGGAAAAUGGAACCUUUUUUGAUAAGCUAUUCCUUAACUGUGUAUGUUUGCCUUGAGAGAAGGAAAAAAAAUGUUAAUUGAUUGAAUCACUACAUGGUUAUAAUGGGCCUUUCAUUUAAGAAAUCCUUCAGUGUCUUGUUCACAUCUAGGACUUGUAACAGUGUGAAAGAAAUACCUCCAUGUAACCAAAAUAGAUCAAUGGUAUUUUUUAAAAAAGUACAGGGACAGUUUCUAGUAUUGUACGAACUCAUUUAGUUAGUAACUCUCAUGCUGCAUAAAUAGUUACUGUUCUUAUACGACACAAAAAAUUAUAGGUUCCUAAUGUUGAUACUUUUUGACUUAAUCUAUUACUUGUUUUGUAGAAUUAUUCCUAGUAAUAAAAUAUCUAAAAUACGAGUCAAUUUGCCUGUAUAUAGUAUUGAAAAUAAGUAUGACUAUGUCAGCUUUUCUCUUCAGCUUUAGUUUUGUUUUUACUCUGGUUAAUUUUUUAAAUAUAAAACCUACUUUAUUUCCAAACUUAUAAGUGUUCUAAACUUAAGAAAAAUGGUAAUUUAUGUUGAACUGAUUAGAAUCUAAGUGUAUUGAUAUUUUUAUAGUAAAAAAAAAACAGUAAUUUAUGUGGUGUCAGAUCUAGUUUGAAUUCCAACAGUAUUUUUAGUGUACUGUUUCUUUUGUUCUGUACCUAUUUAAAACAGUGCCUCUCUUAGAAGGUGCUAUUAAUUCUUAUUCAGAUAAAAGAUGAGAGUUUAGUGAAUAUUAACUAAACAUUAUUAUUUUUAACUACUCUGAUUAUUCUCAAUUUAAGUGCACUUUGGUCACAGAGAUUUUAAAAAGUAUGGAUUAUUUUACAUUUUAUAACAACAUAAUUGUCAUAGUAAUUUAAUGUCAACAUAACAAAAAACUUCCUAAAACUUGAACUAUAUAAGACAUCUGACCUUAUAGAGACUCGGGAUAUAUGGAAGACUUUGAUUUACUGUUUACUGUUCUCCUUUCCAUCUGAAUGUUAUGGAUGGAUAAAUGAGCACAGCAUAUAAUGAACACAAAGUGUAUGUGUGAGCUUUCCCUCUGUCAGCUACAAAGUGGAGCUCAUGCGAGUACUGGCUUAUCUGGGAGGAGAGAGUUAUUAGUAAAGGAAAUUUAUGCUUAAUCAUUCACUAGAAAAGAUAGCUGAAACCAGGAUUUCAGAAUCAAUAAUGUAGUUUCCAUGAGAUGAGAAGCAUUAAAGAAAGUGCAGAAUUAUUCUCCCGUUUUAUCCCAUGGACUCUCAGAUGAACUAUGGUUAUCUAUUAUAAAGUCUGUUAAAGAACAGACUUUAUUAGUUUAUUAGGUUGUGCUUAUGACUAAAAUCUUAUGUUGAGUUGACUGUUUAACUUACUACUUCCCUCAUAUUAGAAUUUUUUCUUUCUUUUCCAUUCUCCAAACAUUAUCACUUUUACCGUACUGUUUCCUAGGAAUCCAUAAGAAUGUCUCUACUACACACAAUCUUUAAGGGCUACACUUGAGAUGUAGAGUACAAUUUUUCAGAAUUUGAGACCACCACAUUUAUACAGCUCAUGUUGCAAAAGAAACGUCUCUUGUUUUUUCUACUCCAGAGGAACAAGGGAACCAAUUAGGUUGCUUUACUCAUUGAAAUAUCAAACAUGACUAUUAACAUUAAACCAUCUAUUUAAAAUUAUUAAUGGGUGAAACAAGAAGCUAACUUCUUAUUCCCUACUAAAUGAGAAAGAAAUUGUACAUUGUUUCUCUUUUCUAGUUGUCAACAUUGAUGCUGUGUUUGAGUGGGAGGAAAGGAGCCAGGUGUGCAGGGUACCUGUUGACAAAAUUAAACAAUAACUAUACAUCUUACUAUAUUUUUCAUAUUUCAAGAAAACAGAAGCAGUAAAUAUAUAGAAUGACUAUCAGAAUAAGGACAACUUUUGUAAAUAUGAACAGAAUAAUGAGUGGGCUAGCUCACUUAGAAGAUUUACAUCAGAUUAUUUAAAAAAAAAAAAAACUAUUUGAUCAGCAAGAAGACUACAUGUUUGUCCACCAGCAAAUUCUUGAAUAGAAGGGAUGUGGUUAGAUAUUUAGUGUAGUUUAACUUAGAUUAUUAAAAGAAUACUCAUAAAAAGGAUGUUAGCAUGCUCUUCGUGUUCCCUCAGUAAGGAAUGUGAGUGCCAGAAGAGGAUCUGCUGCAGUUGCCACCUUUAUUUCUCCCCACACUGAGCCAAGCACAACCCGCUUUCCUCAUCUCUCUCAAAAUAGCCACAAAUUAGUAGGAAAAAAAGUAAUAGAAAAGAUAUUAGUUACUUAUUAAGAAGUCAACCCUGGGGCUAAGGAGAAUUUCCUGCAAGGAUGAGAAAUAGUUCAGUCAGAUCUCCAGAACCCAUGUAAAGGCCAGGCAAGCAAGGUCAGCACAAGGUGGGGCCAGGAAGUCUUGGCGGAGGUGCUCUAGGCAGGUGAGCCAAAGCAGUGAGCACAGAACCAGCAAGUAACCUUGCCUCAAGGCAUGAGGUAGAGAGGCACCAAGGAAGUCACCUGACAUCAACCUCAGCUCUCUACACAUAGGCACAAUCCCCUAAAUAUAUAUGAACACACAUGAAUGGACAGUGUGCAUACACAUACAUAUUCAAAAACUAAUUCAAAUAAACUCUAAUCCAAGAGGUUGUUAGAAUAACUAACCUCUUUUUGAGAUAAGUGGGGUUUCAUGAUAAACUGAGCCUGAACAUAGUAUCAGUUCCUUUCCUGAUCAAGUAAAUGUUCCAUAUGGUUCUUAAUUUGUUAUUUCCUCUAAUUUAGUGCUUUCAAAAGUCACCUUUAAGAAAAGUGUCUUUCCUUCCAACUUAAGAAAAUAUUUCUUUGGUAACAUUGUUAUUCAUUCAUAGCAUUCCAACUUUCAACUUUAUUGUUGCUCUUGUUGGAGGUCUACCAUUUGGUAAAGGUGAGAUGUGGUACAUGCUUUUAUCUAAAGAUUUAUGUGGAGUUCAAUAAUGAAAAUGCCACUAGCCACUUAUGUAAUAACACCAAGCAAUAAAUUUCUCCAGGUAUGAGUUUAUACCAAAAGUUUAACAUGAAGGCCCUAAGCUACAGCAUACAGAGAAUCAACUUCCUAGAGGUGAUAUAAUAAUUCAAACUGCUGAGCACAGGGAAAGAAGGGAGGCAUUGGUCCAUGGCGUCAGACAUAUCAACCAUUUAAUUCCUACAAAGGCUAUAUGUAUAGUGAAACAGUUUGUUUUCUCUACUCUGUUUUAUCAGCUGUGUUGUACAUUUCUGUGAAAUGAAUUCAACAAAAAGGCUGCCAUACUGUCUUCAUUGGAUUACCUACGCCAAUUUUUUAAUAUAGGAAUUAACCUUGCUAAUGUUCCCUGUGGGAUUUUCUAAACAAGAGUAUCUGUUGCCAUCAGAAUUGUGUAAAGCAAACUAUAAUUCCAUGGUACUUCAGGGUUACUGAAGAGCCACUGAUACCUUCUAAAAACCUCUACUCAAAAAUACUUCUGGAGUUCAUGAUUCUGAUUUGGGUUUUUUUUUUUUAAGUGUUGUUGUUGUUGUUGUUGUUGUUGUUGUUGUUGUUGUCCUCCUCUUUGUUGUGAUGGAAGGGUCUUCCCUCCUUCGAUUAUUUUCAGAUAUCAAUUGUUUAUUUCUAAAGCUUUAAGUUAUUCAGAGAGUAUUGUCUGCAAUGUAUUCUUAAUCAUGAUCUCUGUCUCUGUGUUGUCAUGGCAAAUGAGCAUGAAUAAGAGGAAAUUAAUUCCCAGAAAGCACAGGUUUUAUUUAUCGCUGUUGUUGCAAGAGUAGAAGGUAACUUAGCUUUUCUACAUCAUAUGAUGUUCAUGUCAAUAGAUCUAAGAUAAGCACAUGGUAUGUAUAAUCUAAGAUUUGAAAGACAGAACUAUCUUAGCGUUUUCGUUCUUUAAUGUUGUGAUCUUUGAGCAUGUAUGAAUGUAAGAACUGAGGCUAAAGACUUCCUCUUGUUAAAGUUACAUUCACAUCUGUAGUGAAUCCUGUCAACUCUUCAUUCUAAGUUUCAUUAGAAUCAAGUUUUUUAUUUUCAUAUAACUAUCAAACUAUAGGUUCUCUAGAUUUAAAAUAAAGUAUUAUACAACUAGAUCUUUCUAAAAACUCUGCCUGUGACUUUGUAUGUAUAGAUAUAAAAAUUAUUAAUCUUCAAUUCUCACCAAAGAACAAAAUGUUAUGUAAAUUUUAAUUUAAGUAUUUUAACAAAAGUAUUCACAUGUAUUUUUAAUGUUAUAAUUCACCUUUACCCAAGCCCAUCAAUCUUGCUAGGUUACAGGAAGAGACAAUGUUGCUUUGGUUACAGGCAUAUAGAGCACUGAGCUUAGCAACUGAAAGGAAUGAGAGGAACUGGAUAAACGGGCUGGCUACUGGUAUCCAUGUGACCUGCACAAGGGAAAUAAGGUAGAAGAUAUCUAUGUACUUGUUUGUUGGUGAAAUCCUUGUGCUCAGGUUUGGCCUUGGCCUCUAAAUUAUAUCUUAUCAUUUCUUUAUUUCUCCUUUAAGCUUUUACAAAAUAAUUUCAUUUUAUAAGCCAUUUUUCUGCUAUUUUUUACUCUAAAGUCAACUUUCUACGCUAAGGGGAUGUUCAAAUACUGUGUCUUCUCUGUAUUUCAAGAUAAAAUAAACACAUGGCUUCUACAGAAUAGUUUAUUUGUUGGAGGUGGGGGUCACUGAAAGUUACAUGAAGAUCAUACUUUGCCCUAAAAUUCAUUGUGGUCAAUUUGAUUAAAAAAAUCAAAUUUUAGUAUAUUUUAAUAAGUGAAUACUAAAUACAUCAAGUAAAAACAGACCAUAUAGCCCAUAAUGAUGACAGAAUUGCAUUGUGUAUUAUAAAACAUGAGGACUCAAAUAUAUAAUAGGUAUUAUUAGCAUAUAAAUCAUUCAUAUAUAAAACCAAACUGGUAUUUCAUAUUUUAAGGGACAAUUGACUGUUAUUUAAAAUAUAAGUAUUAUUUUGAUUUUUCUUUUGACUUGUUGAUUGAGUUUCAAAGGGCACAUCAGAAUUUUAUAGUUGACACUAAUGUGAAAAUAUGAACAUCCCUAUUUUGCAGUGGUGUGAAUGUACAAAACUUGGACGUGAUGUAUAUAUAGUGUAACAUCUGUAUAUUUGAGCAUAAAGGCAGAUAACUGAAAACAUUGUAAAAUUGAGCCCUUCAAUUCUUGUUAAAUAUAAAAUGUUUGUAUCUUGUAAAUAAAGACAUCCUUAAAUUGG